AUGGAAAGAGAUCAAAAUGAUACUAUCAUAGCACCUUUUCAAGGAAGUAAUGAAAGCUCCUCAGGGAUGACACUGCCAGUAGCAAUGUAUGGACCACCAUCAGGAACUACUACACUUAUACCUCAACCAUUAUCAUACAUACCAUCUUAUGAAACAUCUUUCUUUGAUAAUGCAAAUGAACUAGAGAGAGGAGGAACCCCAAAUAGAAUACCUCGAAGAGUUGCAUUUAAUACAAGUAAUAAUAGGAGGUCUCUAUCCCCUGUUAGAGUAGAAAAUGUUCAACAAUUAGUAGCCUUAACAUUAUCCAGUAAUCAAUCAUCAAGGCCAUCAAAUUUAAGAGUAAUAACUCCAUUAGUAGGAAAUAUAAAUAGUGGAUUAUCAUUGGAAAAUCCUUACAAUUUUUCCCAAACAACUCAAUAUAGUCAUAUAUUUGACUUCUUAGUACCACUUGAUCCUUUCUGA